GGUGGGUGGGAGCGCGGUCUGACGCCUCACGGAGCCGGCGCACGCCACGCCGCGCCCCGCCCCCUCUCACGCAGGCUCCGCGCGGCCUCGCGCCCGCGGCGAGCGAGCGCGCGCGCGCACCCGGGAGCGCCUCAGUUUGGGCGGCGGGGCCGGGCGGCGGAGGCCGGGCCGCUGAGGAGCCGGGGGAGGAGCCCGAGCCGCCGCCGCAGCCGCGGCCGUGGCGGUGGGGGAGCAUGUCCGCGAGUCGGGCCAAGAAAGUGAAGAUGGCCACCAAGUCGUGCCCCGAGUGCGACCAACAGGUUCCUGUUGCAUGUAAAUCGUGUCGUUGUGGUUAUUUAUUUAUUAAUAGAAAGUAUCUACAAAUAAAACAUUCAGAGAAAUCAUCACCUUUUGCAGAAGUGAACAAUACCGUGUCUUUGAAAGACUUGCGAAUUCUUUUUUUAUACGAAUUUAAACUGGGACAUAGUGCAGCCACAGCAAGUAGAAACAUCAUGUCUGUCUUCGGAGAAGGCUCUGUUAGUGAAAGGACUAUCCGCUGGUGGUUUGGAAAGUUUCGUUCUGGGGAUCUGAGUCUGAAAAAUGAGCCUCGAGGGAGACCCAAGUCUGUUUUAAAUGAAGAUCAGUUGAGAGCCAGAGUGGAAGCCAACCCCAAGACAGCAAUUCGAGGCCUUGCAGCGGACUUAGGAGUUUCUGCUACCACUGUUUCUCGACACCUGGCUGCAAUAGGAAAGGUAAAACAAUUGGACAAGUGGGUAACGCCAGUUGAUGCAUGAUCAUAAACUGCACGGUUGGAGAUACGCCCAUCCCUUAAGAUUUAAAAGAGCAGAGACCUUAUGAGAGCAUUAUAAGCUGUGACCAAAAAAUGAAAUGGAAGGUGACCUGGACAAUGGUUGGAUGCUGAUGAAGUUCCCAAAUGUGUUAAAACUGAUUCAACCAAAAGAGGGUGUGGUGGUAACUGUGGGUGGCCUGCAGAAAGGGGGUUUCAUCACUGCUUUUAACCCGAACUGCCUCUGCUGUUGGUCAGCUAACAGCAGUGUUGAGGAGGAGUUGAAAUCAUGUAUCCUGAUCACUCUGAAGUCACUGCACUGAGUGGGACGAGGUGCUUGAGAGGCGAAGGCGACGGACUGCUAAAAUCCCUGCCCCGGUUGGCAGGUGCGGCCCUGCGCUUCCCCGGGACAGUGUUCGAGCACGACGUCGCAGCCCACCACGGGGAGGUUGGCCUGGCGGGGCAGAGAGUCCGCACGUGCCUCGCUCUCAUCUGGCCUCUUCAACGGGUGGUCGCCCUCUUCGUAACUUGUGACUAAGAAACAACAUUCUCCAGUUGGGCAGCAGUAAUUGAAGGAUUUAAAUAUAUUUUAGCAGUACUGAAUUUUAUAAAUAUGGUAUAUAUUAUUUAAUAUUUGGGGAACUUUAUCAUUUGGGGCAAGCAGCUAAUACUAAUAGUGCAUAUUUUAGCUGGCUAAAGCUGCUGUUUUUCUCAAGAAUGUAACAUUUACAUUUUGACCUA